AUGGAGCGUGAUAACUUUGACACAGAACUUUUUAUCGACGAAAUUGAGAAAAGGGUAGCUAUAUGGGAUAUGGAAUCAUCAGAUUAUUCUAAUAGAAUCAUUAAACGUAGGAACUGGGAAGAAAUAGUAGAAAUUUUUUGUGAAGCUGGUGAUUCCGAGGAGAAAAAAAAAACUUUAGGUACUUUAUUGCAGAAGAAGUGGAAAGGGUUGCGUGAUGGCUUUGUAAGAGAAAUGAAGAAGAAGAAAACCACACCGUCUGGAUCAGGAGCCUCCAGCAAAGCCAAAUAUAUUUAUUUUGAACGUUUGAUGUUCCUCGAAAGAUCGACACGGAAUAAAAUAACUGAGAGUAAUAUCAACACCGCGUCUGUUGCAGUUGAAGAACAGGAGUUUUCGGGCGAUGGGGAAGAUGUAAUGAGACCUCCACGUAGUCAGGCGAAAAAGAAGAAAAAACUAAAUGCAGCCGACGAAGAAUUUCUUUCCAUCAUAAAAACAAAUUUAGCAUCUGGAAAUCAGCCACAGACAUUAAACCAAACGGAGUCAGAUGAUGACAAACUAUUUUGUUUGUCCUUACACAAAGAGCUUCUUAAAGUACCAGAGGAACACAGACUUCAAACAAAAAUUGAAUUAAUGAAAGUACUUCAAGCUCAACAAGUACUGUGCCUUAAACCUGCAGCUGCUCGUUCCGACUACCAACCUUCGUCACAAUAUCAUUACCAAACAGGAAUGACUCAACGUGGACAGAGAGAUUAUUUUGGAGAAACAGGGUAUACCGCAACAGACCCUUCAACAUCUUCGUUUCCACCUGCAACCUUUUCGACUUACAAUCGAGGUUAUUGUACUGCUUCACGACCACCAAUGACGUCUAGCUACAAAACCCCAUCACCGGCAUCUACACAAGAUUCCAAUGAAUCUGAAUUAAUGGAACUUUACGAUAAUUAAAUUCAAUAUUAAGUACCUACCUAUAUAAGAAUGAUUCCUAAUUUUUGUUAAUUUUGUUCAAAUUCUUUAUUUUUGUUAAUUAGGUCUUAGUUUAUACUUACUAAAGCUAUAAAAAAUAUUACCUC